GUCGUUCAACAUGGCGAAAUAUGUCCAGAAAGUUUUACGUAAGUUUUUUUUUGUUUUAAUGGACAAAAUUCUAUUCUAAAAUGAUAUGAUAUAUAAGUAAUUAUGUAAAUUACUGCACAUCCAUUCUUAUUUGUCUGUGCCUCCAAGUUACUGAGAUUUCUGAAGCAGUGAUCAAGCAGCAUGAAAUUCUAUGGAUGUCAUUCCCUGCAGUUUCUGCAUCCCAGUAUGAAGUUCAUAACAAACUGCCAACAGUAGAUAGAGCUAUUUUAAGCAAAGAAAUCAACAACUUCAAAGGGUUUCAAGUUUUACUUCUAUAAUGGCAAUGUUAGCAUAUCUAUUUUGCCUUUCAGACCCAAUGAGAGGCAUAUGGUUGUCUGUCCAAGUAAAAAUGCAAUUAAGACCCCAUCAAUGAGUUUCAUCUUUUAUUAUUGUGAAGGCAAGCUAUUAGCUUCGCGCCCGAUUGAGCGAGUGCAUAGGAAUGUGGUGUUCGAGAGUUCGCCGUUCAUCAUUUCACUCAUCCCAUCAUCGGCACAGCCUAAAAACCUGGUUUCGUGUAAUGGCUCACAGGAUGCGCCUAUAGAUGAAAUCAAAAGGGCUUCGUCACCUCUUCGACUUCAGCCGUUCAGCGUAGCGUGGAAAUACAGUGUAGCUGACUAACUUUUACAAAGUGGAGUGGAGCGUGGUGCUGAAUAUUUCAUCGGUACAUUUCCUUAACAUAAACCAUACGGGACUUAGACUAAUUAGUGAACGAAAAAGGGAGUCGGAAAAAUCGUCGAAGCGUUUGAUGUAACAUGCCGGCCAGCCAGCCAGUAAAUGGAAUCUUAUACGGAACGUACUGCCGCGCCAUCAGUUAACAAGUUAUUGCGUUAUUUUCGGUUUGUCGCCUAGGCUCUCCUCCCAGAAAGGCCCGGAGGGAACCUGGUGACGCAAGUCAGUGGCGUUACCAUGGAAACCGGAUUCAAACAAAUGCGUGAAAAAUCAACAGUUUCAUUUGGAUAGUAAGUAACGUUCCUACAUUACUGAGCAUGUCUUUCAAUAGCAUUAAAGAUGGCGAAUUUACGAAAACUAUUUACACAAUGAUUAAAGACGAGCGCUAUCACGACGCUAUUACGACACUUGUCACAAUUGUGGAUGCCAACCCAACGUCGAAAGCUGGAUUGUCAUUAUUGGGUUACUGCUGCUUUCACAUACAGGACUUCUCUAAUGCUGCAAGUUGCUACGAACAACUUUACAGUCUUUACAGCGAGCAAGAAGAGUACAAACUUUACUGGGCACAAUCGCUUUACGAAGCCGGGCAUUAUGGCAGCUCGUUAAAAGUUUGCAAUCAAAUCGCGGAUCCGAAAUUAAAGGGGAAGGUUUUGAAACUGGAAGCAGCUAUUCGAUUUGCGGAAGAAGAUUUAGCAGCAGCUCUGAAUAAAGUCAGCGCUUGUUUUGCAUUGAGUUCGCCCAACGAUGUCGAUACAUUAGUCAACAUGGGUUGCAUUCGAUUCAAAGAAGAAGACUAUUCAAGAGCACUGAACAAAUUCCAAGGCGCUGUGCACGUCUCGGGAUUCGAGCCGCAAUUGCUCUACAACGUCGCAAUCUGCCAUUAUAAAAUGAAAGAAUAUGCACCCGCCAUCAAGUCUAUUGCAGAUAUUAUCGAACGAGGGAUCCGGGAUCACCCUGAAUUGAGUGUAGGCAUGGCAACGGAAGGAUUGGAAGUAAGAUCAGUGGGAAACACGCUAGCUCUACACAAAAGUGCUCUUGUGGAAGCAUUCAAUCUCAAAGCCGCUACCGAAUACCAACUGAAGAAUUUUGAAGGAGCAAAGGAAGCUUUGACGGAUAUGCCUCCUCGGUUGGAAUCGGAGCUGGAUCCGGUGACGUUACACAACAUGGCGUUGCUGACGGCGGAUGCCAACCCCAGUGAAAGUUUUGACAAACUUCAAUUCCUUCUGCUACAACAAGUAGCCCAACAGCAGCAGCAACUUGAAAACCCUGAGGCGAGAUUGACGAGUGCCGGACCGUUAGUCUGUCCGCCUGAAACUUUCGCCAAUCUACUUCUUCUGUAUUGUAAAUACGAAUAUUUCGACUUGGCUGCCGAUCUGAUGGCGGAACAUGCGGAUUUAACCUAUAAGCAUCUCAGUCCCUAUGUGUUCGAUUUCCUCGAGGCGCUCAUCAUUCAGCAAACAUCGCCGGAAGAAGCUUUUGCCAAGUUUGACGCCCUUUGCGUUCGUUACGGAGAGACAGUUCGGCGGACGGGGACCAACUUGAAAGAAGCUCGGAGACAACAGCAUUCUCACGCUAUCAGUGCUGCUGGGCUUGCGCAUGAGCAAGCAUUGGAAAUUUACCUGCCCGUUUUAAUGAAUCAAGCAAAGAUUUACUGGGAUCGAGAAAACUACGUUCAAGUAGAGAAACUUUUCCGCCAGUCUGCUGAACUCUGUGGAGAUGCUGAUGUGUGGCGUUUGAACGUCGCCCAUACUUUGUUUAUGCAAGAAAACAAGUUUCGAGAGGCCACUAGUUUCUAUGAGCCACUCGUGAAACAGAACUACGACAACAUUUUGGACGUCAGUGCGGUGGUGCUUGCAAAUCUGUGCGUUUGCUACUUGGUUACGUCCCAAAAUGAGGAAGCUGAAGAACUCUUGAGAAAACUGGAGAAAGAAGAGGAGCAGAAAAGUCUUGAGAAUCCACAAUCAAAAUUCUUUCAUCUUUCGAUCGUUAACCUUGUUAUUGGGACACUGUAUUGCUCUAAAGGUAAUUACGAAUUCGGCAUUUCCCGCGUAAUUAAAAGCCUCGAGCCUUAUCAUCAGAAGCUGGGAACGGAUACUUGGUUUUACGCUAAACGAUGCCUCAUGUCACUGCUGGAGAAUAUGGCGAAGCAAGUUGUAGUGAUAAAAGACUCGAUUGUUGAUGACAUCCUGCAGUUUCUCGAUAGCUGUCAAUUUUACGGAAGAGAGGUGCAAACGAUCCUGGAAAACCCAACAGCUGUCAACUCCCAUGUUAGUAGUGCUCGAUUCACUGUAACCUACGAAGCGAGAAUAAUUAAAUGUCUCCUUCUGCAAAUCAUCCGAAACUGAGGUAACAAUGGGUAAAGUUGUAUUGUCACUUUAUCUUCCGGUUCACUGAAUUUAAAAAAAAAAAAAUGGGAGGGGAACAGAAUUGGAAACGAAAGG